UUCUGAGAGAGAGAGAAAGAGAAAAGAGAGAGGAGAGAAGAGAGAAGAGGCCUUCUCCCCUUCAAAACAAAAACAAAAGAAAAAGAACCCUAUUCCUCUCCUAUAUUCAUCGCAUUUGUUCUUGAAUCUCUUUCAAUUCUCUCCACAACAGCCGAGAGGGAAUGUUCCAUCCCAAGAAGCCUACUAUGAAUUCACAUGAUAGGCCCAUGUGUGUUCAGGGUGACUCAAACCUCGUCCUCACCACUGAUCCCAAGCCCCGCCUCCGCUGGACCGUUGAGCUUCAUGACCGUUUUGUCGACGCUGUCACACAGCUUGGAGGACCCGACAAGGCCACUCCAAAAUCUAUCAUGAGAGUUAUGGGUGUCAAGGGACUUACUCUCUAUCAUCUCAAGAGCCACCUUCAAAAAUUCAGGCUUGGGAAACAACCACACAAGGAAUUUAACGAUCACGCCGUAAAAGAUGCUAUGGCAUUGGAAAUGCAAAGGAAUGGUCCUUCUACAUCUGGGAUAAUGGGCCGAAGCAUGACUGAUAGGAACAUACAUAUCAGUGAAUCACUUCGGAUGAAAAUGGAAGUUGAAAGGAGAUUGCAUGAGCAAUUGGAGGUGCAAAAACACCUCCAAUUGAGGAUUGAAGCUCAAGGAAAGUAUAUGCAAACCAUACUGGAGAAAGCUUGCCAGACGCUUGCAGGUGAAAACAUGGCCUCAGGAAGCUACCAGGGUAGCAGCAGCCCUCCCAUCAUUUUUCCUUCUCUUCAAGACUUACACUUAUACGGCAGUGGCGAGCAGCUCGAUAUGGGAAUAUUGCUGCCGAAUGACAACCUUUCUUUGGGGAACAAGGGGCCUAGUCCAUAUGGCUGUAGUAGCAAAAGCCCACUAAAUUGGGCCGACGAUCUCCGAUUACAAGAACUGGGAACAGCAGCUACUUGUCUAAGCUCACAAGAUGAUGCUUUCAAGGGUGAGCAACUUCAAAUCUCACAAUCAGCAAUCGGUGGCGGCUUUGAUAUGGAUUCAAUGGGAGAUGUUUAUGAAAGCAAGCUGAUUCUAUCAGCUGAUUCCAUGAGUGAAAAGAAAUUUGAGGGCUCACCGAAGCUCGAAAGGCCAUCACCACGAAGGGUCCCGAUUCCAGCGGAAAGGAAUAAUCACAUGAUGAAGGGUGGGGAUUUACCCCAAACAAGAAAUUUGUCUUAUGGGUGAGUUAGACUAUCCAUGUAUCAAAUUUAAUAACUUUGCAUGCUCGAAUGUAAGAGAAAUUAUGGUGUAUUAACCUUUUAAUCUUAUGAUUAAGCUGAAGUAAGAUGAUGGUGUGUUGAUAUUUUA